AUGUUCUGCGAUAUUCUAGCCGCGCUACUCUUUCAAGAUACAUUUGCUGCUGUUAACAUGGACAGAAACUUAAGCGAGUGGCCAGUCACAGACUACAAUAGAACAACCAUUACCACAUCAAAUCCUCAUUCGGUCAAGAAGGAAGAUAUACAUAUGACUACAGGAACUGAGUACAUUCAGGUUACUGAAACACAAACAAUGGAUAACAAUGACAAGUCGAGUGAUUCCAUACCUGAUAACAAUGACAAGUCGAGUGAUUCCAUACCUGAUAACAAUGACAAGUCGAGUGAUUCCAUACCUGAUAACAAUGACAAGUCGAGUGAUUCCAUACCUGAUAACAAUGACAAGUCGAGUGAUUCCAUACCUGAUAACAAUGACAAGUCGAGUGAUUCCAUACCUGAUAACAAUGACAAGUCGAGUGAUUCCAUACCUGAUAACAAUGACAAGUCGAGUGAUUCCAUACCUGAUAACAAUGACAAGUCGAGUGAUUCCAUACCUGAUAACAAUGACAAGUCGAGUGAUUCCAUACCUGAUAACAAUGACAAGUCGAGUGAUUCCAUACCUGAUAACAAUGACAAGUCGAGUGAUUCCAUACCUGAUAACAAUGACAAGUCGAGUGAUUCCAUACCUGAUAACAAUGACAAGUCGAGUGAUUCCAUACCUGAUAACAAUGACAAGUCGAGUGAUUCCAUACCUGAUAACAAUGACAAGUCGAGUGAUUCCAUACCUGAUAACAAUGACAAGUCGAGUGAUUCCAUACCUGAUAACAAUGACAAGUCGAGUGAUUCCAUACCUGAUAACAAUGACAAGUCGAGUGAUUCCAUACCUGAUAACAAUGACAAGUCGAGUGAUUCCAUACCUGAUAACAAUGACAAGUCGAGUGAUUCCAUACCUGAUAACAAUGACAAGUCGAGUGAUUCCAUACCUGAUAACAAUGACAAGUCGAGUGAUUCCAUACCUGAUAACAAUGACAAGUCGAGUGAUUCCAUACCUGAUAACAAUGACAAGUCGAGUGAUUCCAUACCUGAUAACAAUGACAAGUCGAGUGAUUCCAUACCUGAUAACAAUGACAAGUCGAGUGAUUCCAUACCUGAUAACAAUGACAAGUCGAGUGAUUCCAUACCUGAUAACAAUGACAAGUCGAGUGAUUCCAUACCUGAUAACAAUGACAAGUCGAGUGAUUCCAUACCUGAUAACAAUGACAAGUCGAGUGAUUCCAUACCUGAUAACAAUGACAAGUCGAGUGAUUCCAUACCUGAUAACAAUGACAAGUCGAGUGAUUCCAUACCUGAUAACAAUGACAAGUCGAGUGAUUCCAUACCUGAUAACAAUGACAAGUCGAGUGAUUCCAUACCUGAUAACAAUGACAAGUCGAGUGAUUCCAUACCUGAUAACAAUGACAAGUCGAGUGAUUCCAUACCUGAUAACAAUGACAAGUCGAGUGAUUCCAUACCUGAUAACAAUGACAAGUCGAGUGAUUCCAUACCUGAUAACAAUGACAAGUCGAGUGAUUCCAUACCUGAUAACAAUGACAAGUCGAGUGAUUCCAUACCUGAUAACAAUGACAAGUCGAGUGAUUCCAUACCUGAUAACAAUGACAAGUCGAGUGAUUCCAUACCUGAUAACAAUGACAAGUCGAGUGAUUCCAUACCUGAUAACAAUGACAAGUCGAGUGAUUCCAUACCUGAUAACAAUGACAAGUCGAGUGAUUCCAUACCUGAUAACAAUGACAAGUCGAGUGAUUCCAUACCUGAUAACAAUGACAAGUCGAGUGAUUCCAUACCUGAUAACAAUGACAAGUCGAGUGAUUCCAUACCUGAUAACAAUGACAAGUCGAGUGAUUCCAUACCUGAUAACAAUGACAAGUCGAGUGAUUCCAUACCUGAUAACAAUGACAAGUCGAGUGAUUCCAUACCUGAUAACAAUGACAAGUCGAGUGAUUCCAUACCUGAUAACAAUGACAAGUCGAGUGAUUCCAUACCUGAUAACAAUGACAAGUCGAGUGAUUCCAUACCUGAUAACAAUGACAAGUCGAGUGAUUCCAUACCUGAUAACAAUGACAAGUCGAGUGAUUCCAUACCUGAUAACAAUGACAAGUCGAGUGAUUCCAUAACUGAUAACAAUGACAAGUCGAGUGAUUCCAUACCUGAUAACAAUGACAAGUCGAGUGAUUCCAUAACUGAUAACAAUGACAAGUCGAGUGAUUCCAUAACUGAUAACAAUGACAAGUCGAGUGAUUCCAUACCUGAUAACAAUGACAAGUCGAGUGAUUCCAUAACUGAUAACAAUGACAAGUCGAGUGAUUCCAUAACUGAUAACAAUGACAAGUCGAGUGAUUCCAUACCUGAUAACAAUGACAAGUCGAGUGAUUCCAUAACUGAUAACAAUGACAAGUCGAGUGAUUCCAUAACUGAUAACAAUGACAAGUCGAGUGAUUCCAUACCUGAUAACAAUGACAAGUCGAGUGAUUCCAUACCUGAUAACAAUGACAAGUCGAGUGAUUUCAUACCUGAACGGAAGGAAGAUGAAAUACCUCUUGAUGAUUCUGUUGCAGCAGACAAAAACCACAGAGUCCCACGUAAAAUGACAGCAGCUGAUCGUAUACAAAACAUGAAAGAUGCUGCAAGAGCAAUCAAGAUAAAGGGUUUAAUAAACAUACUCGUGUCAAAAUCAAAUAAGGAAAUGGAGAACCUACCAGGACCAUUGGCCGUUGUAACACCGAUGAGUGAAGAAAACAGAUUGGGUCAAUUUAAAAUGAGACCCGGUAACAAUGAAAACUCCAACGGUUCCAUACCUGCACAUCGACCCAGAAGAAUCCCACGUAAAAUGACAGCAGCUGAUCGUAUACAAAACAUGAAAGAUGCUGCAAGAGCAAAAGAGAUAAAGCGUUUGUUGUCCAUCCUUGGUAAUAUUCACAACUCCAGUGAUUUCAUACCUGAUAACAAUGACAAGUCGAGUGAUUCCAUACCUGAUAACAAUGACAAGUCGAGUGAUUCCAUACCUGAUAACAAUGACAAGUCGAGUGAUUCCAUACCUGAUAACAAUGACAAGUCGAGUGAUUCCAUACCUGAUAACAAUGACAAGUCGAGUGAUUCCAUACCUGAUAACAAUGACAAGUCGAGUGAUUCCAUACCUGAUAACAAUGACAAGUCGAGUGAUUCCAUACCUGAUAACAAUGACAAGUCGAGUGAUUCCAUACCUGCACAUCGACCCAGAAGAAGCCCACGUAAAAUGACAGCAGCUGAUCGUAUACAAAACAUGAAAGAUGCUGCAAGAGCAUUCAGGAUACAUGGUUUAAUAAAUUUGAUGAUGUCAAAAUCAAAUAGGGAAAUGGAAAACGCACCAGCAGGACCAUUCGAUAUUGUAGCGCCGAUGAGUGAAGAAGAAAUGAUGCACAGGCGUGAUUUGGACAGAGAAAACAGAUUGGCUCAAUUUAAAAUGAGAUUCGGAGAAUUAAAUUAUAAUGAAAGCAUUGUCAGUAAUUUGUGAGCAGUCUGAUUUCUGUAAUACUGGUCUUUCUGCUAAUCUGACCUGCAGUUAAUCAUGAUAAACUAUGCGAAUAAUCUUAUUUCGAAAAUUUAUCAGAUAUCGGGACAUUUAACCAAGAAACUAAGACAAAUGGGGAAGAAGUAGAUACGUUGUUGUGAAGGUUGUGUUACUUUCAAUUAGCAGAUCUUUCAGCUCAUUCAUGGGCAAUAAUACAGAUUCUGUCACUUAAUGAAUUUGCUUGAUUCUUGUCUAACUCUUCAGCGAAUUGUUAAACAUUUGAUAGCAAGUGUCACUAAAUGUCGAGGAGAUGUGAAUGGUCCAGCAGGAGUGGCCGAAAUGAUAAAAAACAAAAACUGCCCGACAACAGGCAUCUUUUCGUCUGGUAAUGGUAAUAACAAUUUGGAUUAUGCAACGAUACCAGUGUUAUUACUUCUACAAAGUUUCUGUCGUAAGAAAGGUGAAUUUCCAAUGCACCCAUAAGAAAAUAUCUAGAGGUUUUCAUAGGAACAACAGUGAUUACAGCAGAGUAUCACUAUCUCGUUCCCAAUUUAAUAUAAGUCAAUAUCCUGCAACUCUGCAUUCUGACGACUGCUAAAGAAUAUGAAUUAUGAGUGCACAUUUCAUCAUGCUCAUUCGUAGCCAUCGUUUGAGUUCUAAAGGUUAUUUGACAUAGGCAUUUUAAUACCCGAUAGUGAUGACAUCAAUAGCGAUUAUAUUUCUUAUCACACGCUAGCGAAAAGGCCUAUUGAUAGGUGUGCCUAUGUGAUGUAAAUCCUGUCAAGAAACAACAGCAGUUAAAGACUGUUCAAAUCCACGCAGCACUAAAGGGCCGCUUUGUUCACACUGAAAUUAAUUUAAACCCUUACAAACAUGACAUAGUCUAAAUUCCGAUCAUUAGCUCACUAGUAGCUACCGCAUGGAUAUCAAAAAGAUGUACAAGAAAUUCACAACCACUGUGAACAGCCAUGUCAACAUGAAGGGGAUACUCAUCAAGGGCGCUGAUUGACAACGGCACCUUAACAUGAAAUGACAGAAUGUAGGAGUUAAAGAUCAUUGAAUAAUUGCUGAAUCGACUGAACGGCCAUUGAGGUUAGUCCAGAAACCAUAAGAUCCUUAAUUCAAUUACUGAUAGGGUCGUAGGCGUGAACUGCUGAAGAAUGUCAAAGAGCGAUGAGAUAUCUAUACAGUGAUCCGCAUCGGGUGAUGCACUGUGACCAAAAUUCAUAUUGAAACUUAAUCACCAUUGGUUUUACAAACAUAAUUCUUGUUUAUUGAAUUCUUUACAAAUCAACUUAUAACAGUGCUAGAAUAAAGCUACAAAUGUUAAAUGUUCUAUCUUCGUUGAAUGGAGAAUUCUAUGGAUAAAGUGAAUUGAGCUAAAUUUUGAACCCGUCUUAAGGUUUCAUCCGAUGUUCAUCACUUAAUAUUAAUAUCAUAAUUCAACGCAAACAUAAUGGAAACACUUUACUCUUCAUUUCUUGUAAUCUAAGUAAGACAUAAGGCUUCAGACGUGAAACCUAGAAGUUUCAGUAGCAGGUAGGCUGUUGUGAGUCUCACACCUGAAUUUACUCCUCUUAGCGCUUACCAUAGACAAGCUUUUUCAGUGCAUCUGCAACCACGUGUAUGGUUGCGCGGCGUUGUAGCACUGAACCGCUGACGCUGCCAAAACACACUUUAUUCAUUAAUA